AUGCUUCGUUUUGGCAAACUUACCCGGUUUCUCUCUUCCUCUCCCUCUUCUUCUGUUGCUGCUGCUGCUUCAGAGAGUUGUAGAAGCAGCUGGGAUCCCACUGCCUCACUGAGGCUUGAUCAUCCAGCUCUGAUUAUUCUAGAGAAAUGUGAAACCAGAGAGCAAUUCAAGCAGAUCCUCGCCCACAUGACGAGGUCUCAUCUCAUUUUCCAAACCUUCCCUUUGAGCAGGCUCCUCCAAUUCUCCGCAGCAUCCCACCCUGAGAAUUUGGACCUAGCCAUCGUCCUCUUCGAGCAUUUCGCACAUCACCCUAAUCUUUACAUCUACAACACCAUGCUGCGAGCUCUAUCCUUCUCUGCAACGCAGUCCACUGCUUACUACAGAUCCAUGCUCAGCUGCCGCAUAAUUCCCAAUCAGCACACCUUCCUCGCCAUGCUCAAGUCCUCCAGGAGCUUCUCAGAGGGGAAGCAGAUUCAUGCUCAUGCUGUAGUCAUGGGGUUGUCUUCGGAUACAUACCUGCAAAAUUCUCUGAUCAAGAUGUACUCGGAGAACGGAAAGAUGGGCCUUGCUCGAGAGCUGUUCCGGCAUCUGAACAGGAAGGAUAUUGCCUCAUGUAACAUUCUGAUUACUGCCCUUGCCAGGAAUGGACGCAACUUGGAAGCUCUCGAGAUCAUCCAUGGUCUACCACUUUCUGAUUUUGAACCAGACCAGUAUACGGCCGUGGGGCUCCUCCUCUGCUGCAGCCAGCUAAGAGACUGGUCUAGGGGGAAGUCCAUCCAUUCAUGGAUGAUCCGAAGAACACCUGUGGAAGAAUGGGGCCUGGUUUUGUGCAAUUCACUCCUGGAUUUAUAUGCCAGAAGCGGGAAGAUGGACACUGCCUUGAAAAUUUUUGAAGGGCUCAAGGAGAAAGAUGCUGUUUCAUGGAACAUAAUGAUCGCGAGGUCUGCAGGCUAUGGGGACUUUGAUCUCGCCCUGAGACUAUUCGAUCAAAUGCCCCACAGAGAGCUGGUUUCCUGGAAUUCUCUCCUCAGCGGGUAUGCACAGAAUGGGUGCUGGAACUCAGCAGUCAAGUUAUUCGAGGAAAUGCUUCUACAUGAUGUCAGCCCAGAUAAGGUCUCGAUGGUCGCUUUACUCUGUGCUUCUUCAGAGCUUGGUCUUCUGCACCAAGGGAGGCUGCUCCAUGGCUGGGUGCUCAAGAACAACAUGAAGCUUGAUCCUUUCUUGGGCUCAGCUUUGGUGGACAUGUACUGCAAGUGCGGGAGUCUCCAGAGGGCAAUCACUACUUUCAGAAGCAUCCCCAAGAGGGAUGUUGCCGUGUGGACUGCCAUGAUGUCCGGGCUUGCCUUUCAUGGCUGUGGAGUUGAUGCUCUCCUUCUAUUUCAGGAAAUGCAGGCAGAUGGUGCAGCCCCAAAUGAGUUGACUUUCAUUGCCAUCCUCACGGCCUGUGCCCAUGCUGGGUUAGUUGACACUGGGUGCAUCAUCUUUGACUCCAUCAAGAAGAAUCACGGCAUUGAUCCGACGGUGGAGCACUAUGGGUGCCUUGUUGAUCUUCUGGCUCGAGCAGGAAGGUUGACAGAGGUACAGGGGGUCAUUGAGGCGAUGCCGAUGAGGCCAAGCCGUUCCAUAUGGGGGGCAUUCUUGGCUGCCUCCAGAGCCCAUGGCGAUCUGGACAUGGCGAGGCUUGCCUCUGAAGAACUCCUGAAGCUGGAGCCAGAGGAGGAAGGAGGCUAUGUGCUUCUGUCCAGUGCGUAUGCUUCUGGCGGCAGGUGGAGCUGUUCGGGCUGCAUUAGAGAGAUGAUGAAUAGCAGAGGAGUGAAGAAGGCGGCUGGCUGCAGUAGGGUUUUCAUUGAUGGUGUGGCUCACAGGUUUGUUGCUUCAGAUUACACCCACCCAAUGUGGGAAAUGAUUUAUUGUGUUCUAAGCAGCUUGAACAAGGAGAUGAGAUCAGAUGUAGCAGGCUUGUGGCGAACCUCAUAUGGUUGUAUGUGCUCCUAA